GUUUCCCCCCUCCCUUCCCGUCCUCCUCCUCCUCCUCCUUCUCCCGGAACCCGCCUCGCUCCUCCCGGCCCGCGCCGCCCCCGCAGGAGGAAGAGGAUGAAGGCCGGCUGCAGCAUCGUGGACAAGCCCGAGGGAGGAGGGGGCUACCACUUCCCCGAGUGGGCGUACAAGACGGAGUCCAGCCCCGGCUCCCGCCAGAUCCAGCUGUGGCACUUCAUCCUGGAGCUGCUGCAGAAGGAGGAGUUCCGGCACGUCAUCGCCUGGCAGCAGGGCGAGUACGGCGAGUUCGUCAUCAAGGACCCCGACGAGGUGGCGCGGCUCUGGGGGCGCCGCAAGUGCAAGCCCCAGAUGAACUACGACAAGCUCAGCCGCGCCCUCAGAUAUUACUACAACAAGAGGAUCCUGCACAAGACCAAGGGCAAAAGAUUCACCUACAAAUUCAACUUUAACAAGCUGGUGAUGCCCAAUUAUCCUUUCAUCAACAUCCGGCCCAACGGCGUGGUUCCGCAGAGCGCCCCGCCCGUGCCCACGGCCUCCUCCCGGUUCCAUUUCCCCCCUCUGGAGCCGCACUCUCCCACCGAGGAGGGCCCGGGCCGCUUCGCCGCGGCCUCGCUGCUGCCGCCUCACGCCGAGCCGGCCCUGCCGGACCCCGAGCGCAAAGCGGAGCCCGCCGAGCUGGAGGAGAGCGCCGCGGACUGGCGCCGGGAGCUGCUGGCGCCGCCACACGCCGCCGCGGCCGCCGCGGGGCCCAAGCGCAAGCCCGAGGUGGUGCUGCCGCUCUUCUCCCGGCCCGGCAUGUUCCCCGAGCACCCUCACAGCCCCUUCGCCGUGUCGCCGCUGCCGGGCCGCCCCGGCGUGCUCAACGUGCCCAUCUCGCCGGCGCUGUCGCUGACCCCCACGCUCUUCUCCUACAGCCCUUCGCCAGGGCUCAGCCCCUUCGCCGCCGCCGGCAGCAGCUGCUUCUCCUUCAACCCCGAGGAGAUGAAGCACUACCUGCACUCGCAGGCCUGCUCCGUGUUCAACUACCACCUGAGCCCGCGGACUUUCCCCCGCUACCCGCUGGUGGUGCCGCCGCUGCAGUGCCCGGUGCCGCUGGAGGAGCAGCCGCAGUUCCCCAUCAAGCUGCAGCCGCCGCCCGCCGGCCGCAAGAACCGCGAGAGGCUGGAGAGCCCCGAGGGCGGCACCAACAGCGGCAACAGCAAGCCCGAGCCGCCCCGCGUCAAGGUGGAGCCGGCGCCCGACAAGGAGGAGGAGGAGGCGGAGAAGCGGGAGGAAGAGGAGGAGGAGGAAGAGGAGGAGAAGGCCGCGGUUUUCGCCCGCCCGGCGGCUCCGGCCUGGGCCCCGGUCCCCGCUCAGCCCGGCUCAUCCGGAGAGGAGAAUGUGGAGAAACAAGCUCGGGAUUGCCCCGGGGAUGCCGCGGCGCAGGAGAGGAGGGAGGACGCCCUGAUGCCCCCCAAGCUGCGGCUGAAGCGGCGCUGGAACGGAGAUUCCCGGCAGGAAAUGCCCGAGGAGCCGCGGCCCAACGGGAUCUGGCACCUGCCCAAGGCCGUGGCCGCCGCCUCCGACACCUAAUCCCGGCUGGAACAAAACAAAACAAAAAAGAAACAAAACCUUGGAAAACGCCCGGAGGAAAAAUCCGUGUAUUUAUGUAGCAAGGUUGCAGAGCAGUUCGGGAUAA